UACUUAAAGAUUGGAACUUUUCUCAUUUGGUGAACUCAGAGAGAGAGAACCCAGCCACCACUUCUGUGAUAAGAAGGUGGCGGAGCACGGUGGUGCAGUGGGUCUCUCGUGACAGGAGAUUGGAGUGGGUUAUAACUGAACAUAAAUAUGGGUCAGGGACUGAGUUGUGCGUCGAGUCAAGAACAUGGUGGUCUGUUUAGUGCUGUGCAGUGUGGUGAUUUUGAUACUGUAAAGGUAAUGAUUGAGAGAGACCCAUCUCUCGUUUAUCAAACCACUGCUUAUGAUCGUCAAUCUCCACUUCAUAUUGCUGCUGCCAAUGGCCGGAUCGAGAUUAUGUCUAUGCUUUUGGAGCGAUCUGUGGAUCCAGAUGUUGUUAAUCGCCACAAGCAGACUCCACUUAUGUUGGCCGCAAUGCAUGGUAAAAUCGCCUGUCUGAAGAAGCUAAUAGAAGCAGGAGCAAAUAUUUUGAAGUUUGAUUCACUUAAUGAAAGAACUUGCUUACAUUAUGCUGCUUACUAUGGCCAUUCUGAUUGCCUUCGAGCAGUUCUCUCUGCUGCUCAAUCUAGUCAUGUUGCUGUCUCAUGGGGAUAUGCACGGUUUGUUAACAUUAGAGAUGGUAAAGGAGCUGCACCAUUGCAUUUAGCAGCCCGUCAAAGACGGCCCGAAUGUGUACGUAUUUUGUUAGACAAUGGAGCUCUUGUUUGUGCUUCCACGGGCGGAUAUGGCUGUCCUGGGAGUACUCCUCUUCAUUUGGCAGCAAGAGGGGGAUCUCUUGAUUGCAUCCGUGAAUUGCUGGCAUGGGGUGCAGAUCGUCUUCAAAGGGAUGCAUCUGGGAGAAUACCCUAUGCAGUUGCUUUGAAGCACAAACAUGGAGCUUGUGCGGCCUUACUAAAUCCUUCUUCAGCUGAGCCUCUUGUGUGGCCAUCACCUUUGAAGUUCAUCAGUGAGCUUAAUCAGGAGGCUAAAGCUCUAUUGGAAUGUGCAUUGAUGGAUGCGAACAGGGAGAGGGAGAAGAAUAUCUUGAAGGGAACUGCUUAUUCCAUUCCAUCUCCAUCACAUUCUGAUUCUGGCGCUGAUGACAAUAUAUCUGAGGCAAGUGAGACAGAACUGUGCUGCAUAUGCUUCGAGCAAGUUUGCACAAUUGAAGUACAAGACUGUGGUCACCAAAUGUGUGCACAAUGCACACUAGCCCUCUGCUGCCACAAUAAACCCAACCCAACAACUGCAAGCCUAAAUCCUCCAGUUUGCCCAUUCUGUCGAAGCAACAUUGUUCGCUUGGUAGUUGCUAAAGUCAAGGAUUGUGAUGAUGCCGAGCAGGACAUUGGAGAUGUAGGUUCACCAAAGAUGAGAAAGGCCAGGAAGUCGCGAAACUUCAGCAGUGAGGGAAGUAGCAGCUUCAAGGGGUUAUCAGCAAUAAGUUCCUUUGGAAAAAUGGGUGGACGCGGUUCAGGAAGAAUCGCUGCAGAAAAUGAAUGGGUGGAUAAGCCUUGAUAAUACACUUUGUAGCCUUUGGUAAUCAAAGAUUCCAAGUAGCAAGCAAGUAUUCCUUUACUUGUGCUCUAAAGAAGGACAAGAAAAUAUCAAAGGAAUCGAUGUCGGUGCUGGACCCAGCUGGUAUAUAUAUAUAUAUAUAUAUCUAUAUAUAUUAUAUAUAACUAUAUAUAUAUAAGUUAGAGGUCCAUUUGCUAUGUAGAUUUGGGAAAUAAGCAAAAGAAGUAAAUUGCAGGUUUGGGUUGGUAAGUUUGGUAAUAUGGUUGCUGCUGUGGGUCAUACUGUUGUAAUCUUUUUUGUUUACUUGAGAUUGAAGUAGCAUUGGUUUUUUAUUCUGAAGAGUUUUGUUAGAUACCUGAAUUGGUGAAAGAGAAAAAAUUCUUUUCUUUUUCUUCUCAAGUAAAAAUUUAUUCAAAUUUUCUUGGA